AUGUCAGAGGCAACGACCGCCCCUAAUAUUCCAGCCGAGCUGCUUCUCGCAGUGUUCGACUACCUACGCCCACAUGAUCUCGCCCAAGUCUGCAAAUCCAACUCGUAUCUCCGUAAAUUGGCCCGUCCGCUCUUCUAUCGCUACGCCACUUUGACGAAGUUCGGAUGGACUUUCCCCGGCGCCCGUCACCCACAUCCCUUCCUCGAAGUUCCCGGAAGCCUCAAAAGACUAUCUGACAAGGAACUUCGCCAUAUAGCGUCGAAUCUCAGAGAAGUCUACAUCCCCGCCCACUCCGCGUCCGACUGUGCGAUGUUUAAAAAUUUGCGACCCAAGGAGGUGAAACUGCGGGCCAUUACUUUGCGAGUCGAAAGUGGUGUCCGCAUUCUGAAGAACUUAUCUAGUGUCGACUGUCGAGAUGCGUUUCCCCACAUCGACACUUGCCCGGCUCCUGCAGAAAACGAGCAUGGCCUUUUGCAACCCUGCAAAUGUUUUCGCGCAUAUUCACUUCAUGACGACAACGACGAUCUUUGCCAUUUCCUUCGCGCUAUCGCCACAAUGAAGCCUGAGAAGGCUGUGAUUCGCGACGCUAUCAUGACUGAGAACACUUUCGUGAGCCCCGUGCUCCGCCCCGUCAAGCCCUCAAACGAGUUUAUCACUGUUCUCGACUCCCGCGACAUCUGGAAGGAUACCAAUUGCGGGUUGAAAUGUCCUCAGCUAGAUGCUGCACUCAUUCCCUUCUGGGCCACCACACUGAUCACUAUCGUGCUAUGGACCGGCCAUCCAAAUGUUCCCUGGGUGUCCCCUUGCUCCCCCGAUGAUCAUACGUGCGAACCGAAAGUAGCACGCGUGACAGAGAGUUUUGGCGUUGACGGGCUCCGCCCACAAUGCUUCUUCAUGGCUGACUUGUGGGCAGACGUCGGCGAUCAAGUCAGCCUGAGGUACCCCUUCAAAUGCCGGAAGCUGCGCAUUGUCAACGCCCCUGCCAUCGUCGAGACCUAUGUGGACGCAAGUGGCAAUCGCAUUGAGAAGCGCCGAGCCAGCAUCGCUUCGAUUGAAAACACCAUAAGAACUCACGCAGUCAAUGACGUUGAGCUGGAAAAACAUGUGUGGAAGGGAGGGAUUGAAUUCUUGACAAUGGAAGGAUGGAUCGCGCUCGGCGAGUGGGAGGACGUCUUCACGUACAAGGAGAUGGCUCCAUUCCUCACCGACAACGCCUUCCUUGGCUCUAAUGCGUGA